CUGCCUGUUGACAAUAUUUCCGAUUUCAACAUCUCUUUUGGUUCCCGAUCGAUUUCUAAUUAAACCGCCGUUACCCAGAUCCUAUUUCUUCCUAUCUCCACCGUCUGAACUUUACUCUUUUCUUUCUCUAGUCUCAAGUUGUCAACCAUGGCAACCUCAACGUCAUCAUCGACAUCAACCGCAUCAAAGAGUUGGAUUAGGAAUCUUUCUUCAAUUGCAUCUCGCGUCUAUUUCUUACUUAUCAUACUUCAGAUCCCGCUCUUCAGGAUCUCAUGCAGAUCUGGCAUGUGUACGAGCCCUUUGCACGUAACUUCAUCCCAGUUGAUUGCAAGUGAAGUAUUUCCUGCACCUGUAGUUAAGGCACUUCUCUAUCCUGGAGCAGUUGUGAAUGGGCUUGUCAUGAACUUGACAGUUCCUAGCUGGAGUAAUUUGUUCGACAUCUAUAAUUUGACUAACAUUAAGGAAGCCUCUGCUGUCACUGAUCUUCAGCGCUUGGAGGUUCUUGCGGGAAGCUAUUUCUCAGUGGCGGGAGCAUUUGUUGGUCUUUUGAAGCCCGGGAGGAUGAGCAUGUUUGGAACUCUUUUGGUAAUUUGGGGUCUUGUUAAGGAAGGAAUCCUGGGAAAACCUGUGAACACAGAUCCUGUAAAAGCUGUUUAUGUUUAUCCUACAAUGAUUCUCGCUGUGAUCUGUGCUUUCUCAUCGGUUAAGUAUGAUGUGAAGAAGGUUGCUAGAGGUGCCCCUGCUCGACCAAUUGCAAAGCCGCUUCAAAGCUCAUCAAAAUCUAAGCUCAAGUGAGUCCAAUUAUAAUUUCCUUAGCUUCUAUGGGUUUUUGUUUUUUGUUCUCACUCCUGAGUCCUGCCACUUCCAAACAUCAUUUUAUGCAUAUCCCAAUAUUCAUUUUGUGGAUCGAUUAGUUGUGCCGUGGGUUUGAUAUACAAAUUUCUUCUCAGAUAGUUCUUUCCACCACCACUAUCUCACUUUUCCAGCUUCAAUUGCUAGAACUGCAUAUAUUAUAUUUGGUUCAAUUA